AUGGCUUCAGGAAUGACCACAAAUCUAGGCUCUGUACCUGAUUAUAUAAUGAGGGAAUUAUCAUCUGAAAGUAAAACAAAGAUUGAUAUUUUAAAUGAAGAAAAAACUAAAUUAAAUGAUCACACUUCUCAUGAAAUGGAUCGAUUCACAAAAAAAAAGAAUGAUGCUCGACAACUGACGAACAAACAAAUGGAGGAAGCAGAUGAAAGUUUAAAAAAACAUGAUGAUUUAAUACAACAAAUCCAAAAUGAAAUGAAAAAAUUAGAAGCAUUACAGAAGGAGCAGCGAGAUUUACAAAAAGAACAUGCUCGUUUAAGUAAUGAUUUCGAAAAAGGCAAAAGUGAAUUACAUGAACAAGAUUUACAUGCAAAAGGUCUUGAAAAUGAUCUUCGACAAAACGAAGCAAGACAACAAAAAAUGAAAGAAGAAAGAGAAAGAUUGCAAGAACAAAUUAAUGAUAUGAUGUACAAAGAAAAAGAAAUGAUCGAUGAAAGAAAUAGAUUAGAAUUAUCAUUAAAUGGUCUACAAGAAUUGAUACGACAAGCUCAAGAAGAAUUAAGAGAAAAUGAAUUAAAAUUAGAUAGAGAAAAAGAAGAAUUGGCAAGAACUGAAAGUCAAAUUGAAGAUCUGACGCAGCGAAUUAAAGAUUUAGAAAACAGGAUUCGAGAAAUUAAUCGAAAUCUUGAACGUUUAAAUGAAGAACAACGCGUACUAAUAUCGAAUCAGAGUGAUUUAAAAAAACAACAAGCUGAAUUAGAAGCUCUCAUUAUACAACUGACAAAUUUAUUAAAGGAAAGAGAAGCUGGUUUAGCUCGUUUACAGACUACUAUGGAUGAAUACAAAAAAAACAUUCAUAAAAUCAAUGAACAAUUAAACACAUUGAGAGAAGAAAUUCAUAAUACCAAGAAAGAAUUAGAGGCUGAAGAAGACAGUUUGAGGAAGAAUGAACAAAAAGUUGUAGAAUUAGAAAAUCAAAAGAAAUUAUUGGAAGUUGAGAAACAACAAUUAAUGAAAACCUGGCAACAAUUAGAUGAUCAACGUAUUGAUUAUUUAAAUCAAUUACAAAAUAUAAAAUUAAAAUUAGCAGCUGCUGAAGAUUUAAUGAGAGAAAGUCAAAUGAAAAUUAGUAAUAUUGAAGAACAACAACAAGCACAAAAUAUAUUACUAGAUAAUUUAAAAACAACAUGUCAACAACUAGAAAAUGACUUGACUAUGAAAGGUGAUGAAUGUGAAGAUUUACGUACACGUAAAGAGGAAUAUACAAAAGAAUUACAGGAAGCUGAACGUGCUCAGCAACAGGCCGAACAAUUAUUAAAUCAAUUGAAACAACAAGAACGUGAAUUAACUAAUCAAAAAGCACAAGCGGAAAGAGAAGAACAGGCUGCGUUAGUACAAUUAAAUAAUGCUAAAUAUGAAGCGAAAAUUGCUGAAGAACGAGUUACACAAGCUAAAAACAAAUUGCAACAGGCAGAAAAUGAGUUAAAGAAUUGUUCUUCAUUCAAAUUUUGGAUUAUUUCGAUAGGAGAAGAUGCAAAAAGAGAAAAGCAAGAUGCUGUUAAUCGAGCACGACAUGACUUAGAACAGGCCGAACAAAAAUUGGAAACAAAGCAACGAAACUUAUCAGAUCAAGAACAAAAACAUACAGCAGCGAAAAAUAAAACUCUGGAUUUGACAAGUCAAUUGAAGCAAAAAACACAGGAUCGUAUGGAGCAAGACCGAAAAUUGACUUCUAAAAUUAACGAUGUUGCAAUAUGUAAAAGCAAAGUUGAAAACAUAACUACUCAAUAUCGAAAUGCAACAUCAGAACGUAGACAACUUCAAAUUGAAAAGAAAAAUUCAGAAAGCAAAAUGGAAGAUGUUCGUGCAAAAAUCGUUACUUUAAACAGUGAACUUGAAAAACAUAAACAAGAUUUUACUAAAUAUGAAGCACAAAAAAAAGAGUUGUCAGAUGAGACACAAAUGAUAGAUAGAACAAUAAAAAAUCAUCAACGAACAAUGACUGACCAUCAAGAUCUGAUAACUUCCAAUCAAAAGAAUUUAGUCACAGCUACAAAUGAUCUGAAACAGAAACAAACAAUCGUUGAACUGUCAAAGCAAAAAGUUCAAUCAUUAAAACAAUCAAUUCGGGAUAAAGAAAAUACUGAGAAAUCUAAAGUACGAGAAAUAGCCAAUGAAGAAAGUUUACUUGAAGCAAGUAAGAAAAAUGUACAAGAAUUAAAAGAAGAAAUUACUGUUAAACGUGAUCUAUUGGACACAAAUAAACAUCAAUAUGCAGCCAAUAAUGCUGAAUUGACUCGAAUUGAUAAUAAUAUUAAAGAUUUACAAGAAGAAAAAAACACUUGUGAACUAGAUCAACAAAAUACUAGACAAGAAUUAGAUAAACAAAAUUUAUUAUAUAAACAAAAACAAGCAAUUAUUCAACAACAAAUGAAUAAAAUUAAAACUCUUCAAACAAAAUUAUCUUUAUUAGAAGCACAAGAUAAAAAAUUAAACAAUCAAAUACAAGAUUUACAAGAAAAAUUACGUCGUAAAGAUACUGAAAUAGAACAAAAAGAAAAUGAAAUUGAACGUAUUCAAAAUAAAAUUCAUGAUUUACGUGUACAUCAAGAACAUACACGAAAAAUUAUGACUGAUACUCAGAAAAAUAUUGAUACUGUUAAUACAAAUAUAAAACAAAAUUAUAAUGCAAUGAUGGCAAGUGAAGAAACAUGUGAUAAAUUGAAAGAAAAUAUUAAAAAAUCGGUUGAAAAUAUGCAAAAUUAUGAAGGUGUACGUAAUGAUACAUUUCGUAAAAUUCUACAAUAUGAAGAAACAUUAAGAAAUAUUAAAACAAAUUAUCAUGAUGUUUAUUUCAAAGUUCAACAAAAGACAAAUACAAUUCUUGAAUAUGAUUUUCAAGCACGUCCUGACGUAUGGAACCGAUUACAACAGUCUCGUAUAUCGAAUAAUAGAAAUCCACAAUACCAAACACAACAAAAACAACGAUAUGAGUAA